AUGUCGGCCCACCCCCAGGCUCGCAUACCCGCAAGUGUAUUCACGAAUCCGAGGCGUCGCAGACCGUCGCUGAAGAGCUGCUCGCCGCUCCCACCGCCGAAGCCCCGAAGUUGCAAUUCCCCCGACGAAAUCUAUGUUCCCCGUCCACCCACCUUCAUGUCCAUUGCAUUCCUUCGGGACGCCAUUGCGACAAUCGACAGCAAAAUGACCGCCCUCGUCAAGGAGCGCGCUGAGCUCGAGAUGAAACUGGAAACAGCAGUUAGGCUCCAAUCUCCCAUUCUCAGGCUCCCGAGCGAGCUUCUGUCGAAUAUAUUCACCAUCGGCGUUCUCGGGAUGGAAGAUGACAAUCCCGUCAUGGUACCAACGUUGAUGCUAGUGUGCCGGUACUGGGCGGAAGUGGCGUUGAACACGCCCGUGCUGUGGGCGAAGAUAUCCGUCAGCCCGCACGACUCCCUCCAGAAAGCACGGCGGCGGCUUAUGCGAUCAAAGUCGUGUCCACUCGACGUCACGGUCAACUUCGGUCCCCGGAUAGACUAUCUGCAGAGCGUCAGCGAGCACAUCACCCACGCGAUGGACCUGUUCCGGCCUGCGCUGUGGCGCAUUAAAUCCUUCAGCCUCACGGUACCGAAUCGAUCCCAUGCACACAACGCUCUAAUUCGCAUGCAGGAAGAAGCGCCCAUGCUCCAAGACCUUACUAUCCUCGUGCAUAAUUCGCUGCAAGACGACCAUUUCUCGAAAACCCCUCACUCCUUGUUCAGCGGAUCCACUCCGAAUUUGCGUUCAUGCUCCCUUACGUCAUUCAAUUUCGGGUGGGACCUGAAAUUAAUGACGGGUUUGCGCGUGCUUAAAUUGGGAGGUUAUCUUAAUUCGUCUUCGCCUUCUACAUCGACGCUUCUCGACAUCCUCCGACAGUGCCCGGAACUGGAAGAGUUGGCGCUAAAGAACAUAACCGAUGUCGAAACAAACCCCUGCUCCCCUGCUGUCAUCAUCCACGAGAUGGAUUUACCGGUCACCCAUAAAAUUCACCUGACGCGACUGAAGAAGCUCUCGCUCUAUUACUCGGGCAUUGGACACACGAAGCAGAUCAUGAACCGGAUAGCAUUCCCAAAUCUCGAAUCGCUGGAUAUGGCGUAUCUGGAAAACGUCAACCCCUUGCUGCAAGCUGUGCAUGCCCAAGCAUUAACCCGACUUCCGCUCAAGUCCCUCCGGAUCGAAACGUGCGUGUUUGGCGAGAUGAAACUCGUGAACUUGCUACGCAAGCUACCGUCUUUGGUAACUCUACAGCUCAUCGACAUCGAGGAAGUCUCCUAUAUCUCGUUGAGAGCUCUUUCGUCGUCUCAACCUUGGGCUUGCCCCCGCCUUGAAUCCGUGACCCUUGACGGAUGUGCAUCAUUCGACUGGGACUCCCUCCGAGCCUUCGUUGAAUCUCGGCUACCAGCCGACCCCCAUGCGUACAAACGGUACCAUACCAGCGGAGCGGCACUCAUGUCUUCAGCAUCUGCCGCAGCUGCAGCCUACGAGCGCAUGAAGACCCUACAGUCUGGUCAAUCCGCCCUGCUCGCAGCUCCGCAGCGUAUUCGCAUGAUCGAUGUGACAAGGUGCAACCAGAUCAGCAAAGAGAUGGUCCAGUGGUUGCGCAUGUACGUCGCCUCUGUCAAAUGCGAGUCGACUAAAGGCGUGUGGGGCGAACCGACCUCGACGCCGUGA